AUGGCUGCCAAUAUCAUGUUGCGCACCACGUGCGACCGUCUGGAUCGCCCAAGUUCAUACACUGUCGCCAAGAAGCGCCGUAGAUACCAACGUGCUCCCGACGACGACACUCCCCAAGAGAAGACCCCCGAACCCGAAGACAAGCUCAAGGAUGCAACCACCCUCUACGUCGGAAACCUCUCCUUCUACACCACUGAGGAGCAGAUCCACGAACUCUUCUCAAAGUGCGGCGAGAUCAAGCGCUUGAUCAUGGGCCUUGAUCGUUUCCAAAAGACUCCCUGUGGCUUCUGCUUCGUCGAGUACUACACCCACCAGGACGCUCUCGACUGUCUCAAGUACAUUGGCGGCACAAAACUCGACGAGCGCAUCAUCCGUACCGAUCUGGACGAGGGCUUCNNCAACGAGGGCAGACAGUACGGUCGUGGAAAGAGCGGUGGUCAGGUCAGAGAUGAGUACCGUGAAGAGUUUGAUCCUGGAAGAGGAGGUUACGGCAGAGCCAUCAAGGAAGACUACGACGUCUACAACGACAACUACCGAUAA